CUGUGGGGCCUCUUCUAAGUCUUGAGCCCUCAGUUCCUGAGAGAAGAACCCUGAGGAGCAGACGUUCUCUGGUGGCCCUGGCACCUCCAACCCCAGAUAUGCUGCUGCUGCUGCUGCUGCUGCUGCUGCCCCUGCUCUGGGGGAGGGAGAGGGUGGAAGGACAGGAGAGUAACCAGAAGAAUUACCUGCUGAUGAUGCAGAGUUCUGUGACGGUGCAGGAGGGCCUGUGUGUCCAUGUGCGCUGCUCCUUCUCCUACCCAGUGGACAGCCAGACUGACUCUGACCCAGUUCAUGGCUACUGGUUCCGGGCAGGGGAUGAUACAAGCUGGAAGGCUCCAGUGGCCACAAACAACCCAGCUCGGGCAGUGCGGGAGGAAACUCGGGACCGAUUCCACCUCCUUGGGGACCCACAGACCAAGAAUUGCACCCUGAGCAUCAGAGAUGCCAGAAUGAGUGAUGCGGGGACAUACUUCUAUCGUAUGGAGAGAGGAAAGAUAAAAUGGAAUUAUAAAUAUCGCCAGCUCUCUGUGCAUGUGACAGCCUUGACCCACAGGCCCAACAUCGUCAUCCCCGGUACCCUGGAGUCUGGCUGCUUCCAGAAUCUGACCUGCUCUGUGCCCUGGGCCUGUGAGCAGGGGACGCCUCCUAUGAUCUCCUGGAUGGGGACCUCCCUGUCCCCCCUGCACCCCUCCACCACCCGCUCCUCAGUGCUCACCCUCAUCCCACAGCCCCAGGACCACGGCACCAGCCUCACCUGUCAGGUGACCUUGCCUGGGGCUGGUGUGACCACGAACAGGACCAUCCGACUCAAUGUGUCCUACCCUCCUCAGAACUUGACUGUGACUGUCUUCCAAGGAGAAGGCACAGCAUCCACAGCUCUGGGGAACAGCUCAUCUCUUUCAGUCCUAGAGGGCCAGUCUCUGCGCUUGGUCUGUGCUGUUGACAGCAAUCCCCCUGCCAGGCUGAGCUGGACCUGGAGGAGCCUGACCCUGUACCCCUUACAGCCCUCAAACCCUCUGGUACUAGAGCUGCGAGUGCACCUGGGGGAUGAAGGGGAAUUCACCUGCCGAGCUCAGAACUCUCUGGGCUCCCAGCACGUUUCCCUGAACCUCUCCCUGCAACACGAGUACACAGGCAAAAUGAGGCCUGUAUCAGGAGUGACGCUGGGGGCGGUCGGGGGAGCUGGAGCCACAGCCCUGGUCUUCCUCUCCUUCUGCGUCAUCUUCAUUGUAGUGAGGUCCUACAGGAAGAAAUCGGCAAGGCCAGCAGCAGGCGUGGGGGAUACAGGCAUGGAGGAUGCAAACGCCAUCAGGGGCUCGGCCUCUCAGGGUACCAUGAUUGAGUCCUGGGCAGACGACAACCCCCGACACCAUGGCCUGGCUGCCCCCUCCUCAGGGGAGGAAGGAGAGAUCCAGUAUGCAUCCGUCAGCUUUCAUAAGGUGGAGCCUCAGGACCUAUCAGGACAAGAGGCCACCAACAAUGAGUACUCAGAGAUCAAGAUCCCCAAAGGAUUCACAGAGGAGGCAGCUUUGGACCCAAACCUCAGAGGACUGGGAGAUUUCACCCAGAGGUUUGUGAGCAUGUCAUGGUAGGGUGGAGGUGGCGCUCCUGAGGGUGGGCACUGCCUAGCAGAGCAUGGAGGCAGAGAGAU